AUGGUCAAGCCCGUGGAGAGCCCAAUCAGUGCCGGAGGAUCCAUGUCCCGCAUGUCGCCGGCUGUCUCGCAAGGGCAGAUGCCAUCGAUACCCUCAAACCCACAGCAUUCUCCAUAUCCGUACCAGAGACCACAGUCAACAUACCAACCAGGCUCAGCACCAGUCUUCUCAAACGUGCAGAACCCGAGUGGACAGCUCUCUCUAGUUGGUGUGCACCCUGGCAUGAUGCCGGGCUUCAACAGCGGCCACGCUGCGGCUAUGCCUCACUUCCUUGGCCAUCCGCCUCACCAGCAGCCUACUACGAAUGACCGCCCGUUCAAGUGUGACCAGUGCCCACAGAGCUUUAACCGUAACCACGACUUGAAGCGGCACAAGAGGAUACAUUUGGCAGUCAAGCCAUUCCCUUGCAAUCACUGCGACAAGAGCUUCUCGCGCAAGGAUGCGCUAAAGCGCCACAUUCUUGUCAAAGGUUGCGGAAAAGCUGCUGCCGCGCACGACGACAGCAAACGUGAAAGCGCUUCACCAAAGUCCGAGCGCACUGAUUCCAAAAUUGGCAUCUUGCACGAAUAG